CAGGAGGCCCUGCACUACUUAUACCGGGCACAGCAAAGGUAUCCCACCCAGCGAGCUAAAGGUAACAGCGUCCUGGAGAAAUGCAGGGGUUUGUCCUAGCCUCAGCCCAGGCCCCGCUGAGACACAGGAUCGUUCAGUGCUGGAGUAUAGAGGAUGCAUGCCGAUCGCAGCACUAAUCCAAUUAAUUGUUAGAACUGGAAACUCAGCUGGCUGGAACUGUGACCGAGAUGCAAAUAACCUUGCACACAAAUCCAGUAGAUUGAAAAGGUGUGUGAAUGCACCUACAGGAAUCGGUGAAGCUGCCAAGAGUUACACUCGAGAGCAGCUGGAGGGUGUACAGAGGAUAAAAAGAUGUAAGAAUUAUUAUGAAAUUCUGGGACUUAGCAGAAAUGCAGAUGAAGAAGAUUUAAAAAGAUCCUACAGGAAGCUGGCAUUAAAGUUUCAUCCUGAUAAAAACUGUGCUCCUGGUGCAACAGAUGCAUUUAAAGCAAUAGGAAACGCAUAUGCUAUUCUGAGUAACCCAGAAAAAAGAAAACAAUAUGAUGAAUAUGGAGAGCAACCACCAACUGUCCAUCGUCCUUAUGCUGGUGGUUCAAAUUAUUACAGAGAAUUUGAAGCAGAUGUAACGCCUGAAGAGCUGUUCAACAUCUUCUUUGGUGGAAGAUUCCCCACAGGUAAUAUUCAUGCCUAUACAAACAGAACAACAACAUACACCCAUAUUUACCGCCGGCGUCGUUAUAUGAAUGACCAUGUGGAAGAAGAAGAACAGGAGGCUAGAUCUCAGGGAACAUAUUCAGUAUUUUUGCAGCUGUUGCCGAUAUUUAUAUUAGUUCUUGUGUCACUUGUCGCCCAAUUGACAGUGAUCAACCCUCCUUACAGUCUUUACUACAAACCGUCAUUGGGCCAUAUUCUGUCCAGAGAAACUGAACGUUUUAAAGUAGAAUAUUUUGUUGACAAAAGAUUUGAGAAGGACUACCAAGGCAUAGCCCUACAAAACAUGGAAAAUAAAAUUGAGAAGGACUAUAUUGACCACCUUCAAAAUAGCUGCCGGAAGGAGAAACAGCAGAAAACUGAUCUGCAGAACUUGGCCACUUUAUACAGGGAUGAGCGCCUGAAGCAGAAAGCUGAAUCUCUUAAGACCGAGAACUGUGAAAAAUUGUCCAGGCUUGUUGAACUUCAGAGGGGUGGAUGACAACAAUUGUAGCUUCAUGUUACAAAACGUGGAUUAAAAUAAACGAAGAAGGUUCUAUUCUGAGAUUUAAUAUCAGAUACAAACUUUAAUUGAAACAUAAAGGCAUUUUUUAAAGUGUCAUCAUGCAGUGUGGUUCUAAGCAGUCUUGAGAUUAUUGGCUAAGUUAAAUUGUUUCAUAGUGAGCACUAAGGCUUUUACUAAUCUUAGGUCAGUACUUCCUUUUUGCACAUGGGGAAUAUUUAUUUAUUUACAUUUAGGGUAGAUAGUUUUAAUUUAUUUCUGUAGUUCUGUGUCUCACUCCAAUUCCAAACUCGUUUGAAUGUUUUGAACAUGAAUAGUAUUUGUAACACAUUACUGACUAGG